UGCCAGUUCCAUCGGUGUCAAAGAGGUCAAACGCCUCCUUGAUCUCCUGCUUCUGUUCCUCGCUCAGCUCAAUCUUCGAAGCGGUUUUCUUCUUCAGGCUGGUCGACGGGGCUGCUUUCCGGUAAGAUGUCGCCUGGGAACACACCAGGGAAGCAGAAGAUGGACGCUAACGUUACUUUAGCAGACAUAAACGAGACAGUUUGGACUUCGCCGUCAUGCUAGCUGGUGUUAGCUUCCAUGCUAGUCUCACCACAACAAGUAGAUAUGACUCUAAAACGUACCAUUUAAAGUUGUUUCCCGGGAGGACUUUAGCGGAUGCAAACUUAUCACCGAGACACCGGAAGUGAAAGAAAAAAGAUGCGUUCGGUUUUACCGCUCACAAGUGACGAACACCCGCUUCUCCAAUCCGCCGCAAAUGCAAUAUUAUCGAUAGUCUUCGUUGCGUGUGUUGCGGGUUAACGCGGAUGGCGUAACGCCUUGUGUUGAUUGAGCUUUAAUUCAGUCGUCAAGGUAAGGCGAUCGUUGUGCGGACGUCCACAACAAAACUAUUCAACAAGUGGGUAGAUUCUCCCAACAGGGACGCGACAACCAGUAAGGAUCCAGACAUGGCCGUGACGUAAACAGAAAAGCCAAUCAUGUAAGGAAGUAGGCGGGAUAUAGUUUAGUCGGCCAAUCGUUGUCGACCCCGGUCGUCUCCAUGCCAACCAUAUACAUGACGCAUGCGCAAUGAGUGAUCGCUGGUGGGGUGACGGUCAAUGGACGUGUAACAUAAAUAAGGCAAUGAUGGGAAGCACAAUAAUAAACCAGCGACAGCAUGUUGGACUGCAGAAGCUGUUGGCACUGGCUGCGACUGCAAGUUCCUCACUGGGACCCAGUAAGAAGCUGAAGUUUGUCCAGGACGAAGCGAGCGGUGAGUCCAUUCUUGUCGGCUCAUGUUUACGCAUCUUGGACAACCUGGAGCCCACCUGCGCCGUGGGCCAGUUGGUUUACGAGACCAUCAAAGCCCAUCACAAGGCUUACGGCACGGGGUCAGGAUGUCUGCUGUUCCUGGCGGGAGCGUGGGGUCGUGCGGCUCUGGUGUGCCUGCAGAGUGGGGGUUCGCUGCCUCACGUUGUCGCAGCUUUGAUGGAGGGCAUGGAUGUAUGUGUGGAUGUUUGCAGAAAGAGCAGCAUUUCAUUUGAGGAUCUUUGCGCAUCACCGUCAAGUCAACUAUCGCAGGAACGCAUCACAAAGGCACCGUCCAACUCACAAAUGACCCCCAAAGGACAAAAAGCCAUCAAAAUGAAGCUAAGUCGCCAUUUUUGCAAGACGGAACCUGAUAGUUUUUCAGUUCUGGAGCCUCAACUUCCUGAUACUGCACACCUUGCUGUAGGACUGAAGCAUGGCUCCGACAAUGCCAUGGAUCUAGUACUCCAAGCCAGUUGUAUCCAGUUAAAAAAUACCCCAAAAGACACACACUUUUACUUUGAUGUUAGCAAAGUGCUGACUUGCGUGCUACCAGGCUUCUCAGAGGACCAAGCUCACGUUUCUCCAGGCUGCGUUCUUCUUCUCAACUCUGACCAGUCUUUAGUUGCACGCCAUCUUCGGGACACGGCGCUGAAUGCGGCUUUUAUUCGCGGAGAUUUAUCGUACACUUACCGCCAUCUUGGCUUCAACAGGCCUACGGGUGUGAAAUGUGUCGCAGAUCAGCCAUGUUUGUUAAGCAAAGACGAAGAAUGGACGGAAAAGGUUCUUGCGCUUCUGUUGCACCUGAAAGUGGAUCUGGUUUUGGUCAGCGGACUUGUCAGCGAGGAAGUUCUUCAGCGCUGCUGUAAGCAUGGAAUACUUACAGUGGGAAAAGUCAGCGCGUUGAUAAUAACGGAGAUGGCGAAGGCUACCGGAGCUGUUCCCGUCACAUACGCCACACAGCUAAGCAAGCGCUGCAUCGGCACCGGAGUAAAAGUCGGUAUAUGGAGGGAAAUUCCGAGCGAUCAAAGGACGUCUGUGAAUAUUUACCUGAGCGGGAACACACAGUUGGUCACGGCCGUCAUCACCAGCUUCGUACACGGGAAGCUGCAGGUUUUGGAGGACCGCUUUUGGGCUUGUGCAUAUCGGCUACAUCACGCCUUCAAGGACAAAGCCGUGUUACCCGGCGCCGGAGCGACCGAGAUGCUUUGCGUGUAUCACCUGCAAAAGCAAGCUAAUGUUGAGCAAAAAAGAAACUCCAUCGGUGGCGUUGUUCUGCACCUCAUGGCGGACGCUUUUAUCGAUUAUUUAUCCACUGUCAUGGCCAACUGUGCCGGGAUGUCACAAAUCCAAGCCAGGACUGCAGUCAAACAACAGAUGCAAGACUUUAACGGAGAUUGUAGCGUUUCCGCGGACUUGCCCACACUUGUCCUGGACACUCGGUCCAAAUCUGGAAAAGUCUACGACAAUUUGAGCGUGAAGCAGGAAGUGUGGAGGAGAGCCUUGGACUUGGUUUUGCUGGUCCUGCAGACGGACGCCGAGGUCAUUACCGGUGUGGAUGAGAGAAACCACAACGCAGCAGAGCUAAUGUUUUUAUGAUUUGGGGAAUCACGGAAUGAUACACAAGUGUACGUUUGUUUGAUAUCGAUUGAUUGCACAUCACAUGACCAAAUGCUAAACCCGAUAAAUACAGUUUUCAACUUUCAAACGGUACACUCAUCGAUUUUACUUUGCAAUAUAUCACGGUACAAUUAUCGCUUUCUCUCUCUAUAACGCAUUUUAAUUAAUUAUCACUGUACUCCAAAUUGUCCAUAGUUAUGAAUGUGAGUGUGAAUGGUUGUUUGUCUAUAUGUGCCCUGUGAUUGGCUGGCCACCAGUCCAGAGUCUACCCCCCACCUCUUGCCCAUAGACAGCUGGGAUAGGCUCCAGCACCUCCCACAGCAGUAUCACUCGGAUACUGUGAACAUCCAGCAGCAACACAACAUUUUGGCAUGACUACUAUUCAUUCAUUCAUUCAUUCAUUCAUUCAUUCAUUUUCUACAGCUUUUUCCUCA